GCGUGAAGGACAUAACCUGGGGUUGCUCCACAUGACCCAAACUCAAACCGGUUCUUCCCGUUCUGCAAGGUGCCUUCAGUCUUCAUGCAUCGCGUCUUUGUUUACGGCUCCCUAAAGAGGGGCCAACCCAACUACCCCUACAUGACAGACAGCCGUUAUGGAAAGGCCGAGUUCCUCGGUACCGCCGUCACCGUCCAGAAGUAUCCACUGGUGAUCGCUACCAAUUACAACAUCCCCUUCCUCCUUAACCUCCCAGGCCAAGGCAACAGAGUCCAUGGAGAAAUCUACCAAGUGGACGGAAAGAUGCUUGAAUUCUUGGACAGUUUUGAAAAUAUCCCCACCAUGUACCAGCGGACUGUAGUGGAGCUGGAAAUCAAGAUGGCGGACAAGGAGGAGAAGCUGUCGCCUGGAAGCAUCAUGGAGGCGUUUGUGUACAGCACCACCACCUACCAACCGGACUGGCCAUCACUGCCCACCUACGACAACUACGACUCCAACGGAGACCACGGGCUAAAAUUCAUGCUGAGGGAAGACAGAAAGUGGGCUUCAGUCGAGUGAUGCUCAUAACUAGAUUCCCCUGAAAAUUACUAACACAAAACAGGCAAUAUUUUUCUCAGUAAAGUGCAGAAAGCCAAGAAACCAGCUGUAAUCUGUCAAUAUUUAGAAAGCAUACCUGCUAAGUGCAAAUCAACAAAAUUGUUUAAUAUUAAAUGAUCAACAAGCUGCAUUAGUGCUGCAGUUCAGUAUCUUUUUUAAAUCUUCUUUUAUUAAACCAUUUUCGACAGAUGCAAGAAUCAGUGUACUGAUCUAUACAAACUGUAUCUAUAAAAAUAGAAAAAUAACUUUACUACUAUUCCCAUGCGU